AUCAAGUUUUAAAUAGAGUGUAGUCCGCCACGUCUUUUUCCCCCAUUCAAUUUGGUUUUAUGUAAUUAACCCAACCUGUUUGCUAGGUCCAUCCACAAAUAUGUGGUAACAGACUUAACUGGUAACAGUAAGAAGCAGAGGCACAUCACUAUCUCUUCAGACUCAGUUGCCCACUACCAUCUCUCUCUUUUCACUUCACAGCCACAGCCAAAGCCAAAAUGCCGACCCAAUCAUUGGAACCCAUCAUUCACCUACCACCAUUACCACUACAGCCACUUGGUUCCAACAGGCCUAACAAAACCACUAGCCUCUCCUUUCAGCGGCCUAAACUAACCCACCAACCCUUGCACACCCACCUCUCCAUGCUUGAUAAACCAGUGGAUUCAAACUCGUAUGCUUCAAUUCUCGAAUCUUGUAAAUGCCCAAGUUUAGGAAAACAGAUACAUGCCCACUCACUUAAAACUGGGUUUCAUGGGCAUGAGUUUGUAGAAACCAAGUUGCUCCAAAUGUAUGGAAGAUGUGGCUGUUUGGAAUUUGCGUAUUUGUUGUUUGACACAAUGCCGCUGAGGAACUUGUAUUCUUGGAAUGCCAUUCUCAGUGUGUAUGUGGAUAACGGAUUCUUUGAGGAAGCUUUUUUGCUUUAUCAAGAAUUACAAUUUGAAGAUAUUGGCUUGGAGUUUUUCGUGUUUCCGGUGGUCUUUAAGAUUUGUAGUGGUCUUGGCAUAGUAGACUUAGGAAGACAGUUACAUGGGAUUGUAGUGAAGUAUCAGUUUGCUUCAAAUAUUUAUGUGGGUAAUGCUCUGAUAGAUAUGUAUGGCAAAUGUAAAAGCUUAGAUGAUGCCAAGAAGGUUUUAGCAACGAUGCCCAAGAAGGACCGUGUUUCAUGGAAUUCUAUUGUCACAGCUUGCGCUGCCAAUGGGAUGGUUUAUGAGGCAUUGGAGUUCUUGGAAAGAAUGUCUUUGGAGGAUUCGAUGCCCAAUCUUGUUUCUUGGAGUGCAGUUAUUGGGGGGUUUUCGCAGAAUGGUUAUGAUGAAGAAGCCAUUGAACUGCUUUACCAAAUGAAAGCAGCUGGAAUUGAACCAAAUGCGCGAACCCUGGCAAGUGUUCUUCCUGCUUGUGCUAGACUAGAAAAGCUAAGUCUUGGCAAAGAACUCCAUGGCUAUAUAAUAAGACAUGGGUUUAUGUCUAACCCUUUUGUCGUGAAUGGAUUAGUUGAUGUGUAUAGGAGGUGUGCUGAUAUGGGGACUGCUUUCAAGUUAUUUUUCAAGUUUUCAAUGAAAAAUGUUGUGUCAUAUAAUACAAUGAUUGUUGGGUAUUGUGAGAAUGGUGAUAUCUCCAAGGCCAAGGAGCUGUUUGAUCAGAUGAAGCUAGCUGGCAAUGAGAAGGAUAUAAUUUCAUGGAACUCGAUGAUUUCAGGGUAUGCAGAUAGCUUCAUGUAUGAUGAAGCUUUGAGCAUGUUUCGAGAUUUACUGAUGGAAGGGUUUGAACCUGAUUCCUUCACUCUAGGAAGCAUUCUCAGUGCUUGUGCUGAUAUGGCUUCUUUAAGACAAGGGAAGGAAAUACAUUCUCAGGCCAUUGUUAGAGGUCUGCAAUCUAACACCUUUGUGGGUGGAGCUUUGGUAGAAAUGUACUGUAAAUGCCACAAUUUAGCGGCAGCUCAGGUGGCUUUUGAUGCAGUAAGUGAAAGGGACACACCAACUUGGAACGCCUUAAUCUCAGGCUAUGCAUACUGUAAUGAGAAAGAACAUGUUCAUGAUCUUAUUCAAAAAAUGAAAGGAGAUGGUUUUGACCCAAAUGUAUAUACGUGGAACGGUGUUAUUGCCGGCUGUGUGGAAAAUGAACAUUAUGAUUCAGCCAUGAAAUUGUUCACUGAAAUGCAGAAAUCAAAUUUGAGGCCUGAUAUAUACACAGUUGGAAUCAUUUUACCGGCAUGCGCAAGGUUGGCUACAAUUGAGCGAGGUAAGCAGGUUCAUGCACAUUCAAUCAGAUUGGAUUAUGACUCGGACAUCCACAUUGGAGCAGCACUUUUGGACAUGUACGCAAAGUGUGGAAGUAUAAAGCAUGCGAAGCUGGCUUAUAACAGGAUCAAGAAGCCUAAUUUGGUUUCCCACAAUGCCAUGCUUACUGCAUAUGCCAUGCAUGGACAUGGGCAGGAGGGAAUUGCAUUGUUUCGUAAAAUGUUGGAAGAUGGUUUUGGACCAGACAAUGUGACUUUCCUAUCAGUUCUUUCUUCCUGUGUCCAUGCCGGAUCAGUUGAAUCAGGUCAUGAAUUCUUUGAUCUGAUGGGAUAUUACAAUGUGGAACCCACAUUGAAACACUAUACAUGUAUGGUUGAUCUCUUAAGUCGUGCAGGCCAGCUUAAUGAUGCUUAUGAACUUUUAAAGAGAAUUCCCAUGGAACCUGAUUUGGUGAUGUGGAGUACUUUGCUUGGAGGAUGUGUAGUUCACAGUAAUGUUGCAUUAGGAGAAAUUGCAGCAGAACGGCUCAUAGAGUUGGAACCGCAUAAUACUUCAAACUAUAUUCUAUUAGCAAACUUAUAUGCUCAUGCAGGGAGAUGGCAUGACCUAGCUAAAACAAGACAGAUGAUGAAUGACAGAAGAAUGCAAAAGAGUCCGGGAUGCAGUUGGAUUGAAGAUAGAGAUGAAAUUCAUGUGUUUCUUGCAAGUGACAAAUCGCACAAGCGAGCAGAGGAAAUAUACUCUACUUUAAAUAAUUUGAUUAUUCACAUGAAAGGAGGGUUUACAAUUUCUGUUUAAGUGCAACAAAAAAAAGAA